AUGGCGACAGAACACGUUAUCAAGCCCCAGGCUACCGAGCCCGCCGUCGACACCAGCGAGUGGCCUCUUCUCUUGAAGAACUACAGCAAUCUCCUCGUCCGCACCGGUCAUUUCACCCCCAUCCCCGCCGGUUCUUCUCCUUCCAAGCGCGACAUCAAGUCCUAUGUCUCCUCCGGUGUCAUCAACCUGGACAAGCCCUCCAACCCCUCUUCCCACGAAGUCGUCGCCUGGAUCAAGCGCAUGCUCCGUGUUGAGAAGACUGGUCACUCCGGUACUCUCGAUCCCAAGGUCACCGGCUGCUUGAUUGUCUGCGUCGACCGUGCCACCAGACUCGUCAAGGCCCAGCAGGGUGCUGGUAAGGAGUACGUUUGCGUUAUCCGCUUCCACGACAGCGUCCCCGGUGGCGAGGCUGCUUUCGCCUCCGCCCUCGAGACCCUCACCGGUGCUCUCUUCCAGAGACCUCCUUUGAUCUCUGCCGUCAAGCGUCAGCUCCGUAUCCGCUCUAUCUAUGAGUCCAAGCUCAUCGAGUUCGACAACGACCGUCAUCUCGGUGUCUUCUGGGUCUCUUGCGAGGCCGGUACCUACAUUAGAACUCUUUGCGUCCAUCUUGGUCUCCUUCUCGGUGUCGGUGCCCAUAUGCAGGAGCUCCGUCGUGUUCGUUCCGGUAUCAUGUCCGAGGACAACGGCUCCAUGGUCACCCUCCACGAUGUCCUCGACGCUCAGUGGCAGUUCGACAACGGUGGCGACGAGACCGCUCUCCGCAAGGUCAUUCAGCCCCUCGAGACUCUCCUUACCACCUACAAGAGAAUCGUUGUCAAGGACUCUGCUGUCAACGCUGUCUGCUAUGGUGCCAAGCUCAUGUUGCCUGGUCUCCUUCGCUUCGAGAAGGGUAUUGAGACCCACGAGGAGGUUGUCCUCAUGACCACCAAGGGCGAGGCUAUUGCCAUCGGUAUUGCCCAGAUGAACGGUGUCGAGAUGCUUUCUUGCGACCACGGUGUUGUUGCCAAGGUCAAGCGCUGCAUCAUGGAGCGUGACCUCUACCCUCGCCGCUGGGGUCUUGGCCCCGUUGCCCUCGAGAAGAAGAAGCUCAAGAGCGACGGCAAGCUCGACAAGUUCGGCCGCCCCAAUGCCGAGACUCCCGCCAAGUGGUCUGAGGGCUACAAGGACUUCAGCGCCGCCGCUGAGUCUGAGGCCGCUGCCGCUGCCGCCCCUGCUGCCGAGGCCGCCAAGGUUGAGAUCGUCGAGAGGCCCAAGCCCGAGGAGAAGGCUGAGAAGAACGAGGAGGCUGAGGAGGCUGGCGACAGCAAGAAGCGCAAGAAGCACGACGGCGAGACCGCCGAGGAGAAGGCCGAGCGCAAGAAGCAGAAGAAGGAGAAGAAGGAAAAGAAGGAUAAGAAGGAGAAGAAGUCCAAGAAGGGCGGUGACGAGAGCGACUAA